AUGACGAGAAAGCGCAUACCCGUGAUAUCGCCGUUGAGAGAAAAUAAGGAUUUGAUUAGCGAUUUGCCAGAUGAACUUCUGGGCAAUAUCAUUUGUAUGCUGGACAUGAAAGAUGCAGUGAAGGCAAGCAGUUUAUCGAAAAGAUGGAGAAAUAUCUGGACUAAACAUGUGGUUGACCUCAAGUUUAACCAUGUUAAUAUUACUGGACUGAAAUUUAUCCCCCGCAAGAAAAAAGAGUUUAAGGGUUUAGACACUGCUUUUGUGGGAGUGGUGGACAAGAUUAUGAAGCUGCGGUGCGAAGAAAAGAGAGACAAGAUUAACUCUUUUUGCCUUCAAUUUCCCUUGGGAAAGAGCUUUUCUCCAUUAAUAGAUAAGUGGCUCAAUUUUGCCAUUGGAAGCAGAGUUGAGACCAUUGAUCUUGAUUUAUCCGCUCACAUACCAUCUGCAGGAAGAUACAAUUUUUCAUUGCUUAGGACCGUCUCGAAUUAUGAGAAAAGGACGCUGAAGCAUCUACGACUCGCCAAUUGCAAUUUCCGGGGUUGGUCAAGUUCCCCAAAGUUUGGUUUACUCAUUUCUCUUCAGCUCAAAUCUGUAACCAUAAGCAGUCUUCAAAUUGCCAUGGUUCUAGAAAGUUGCCCAUUACUUGAAGAAUUAACUCUUGAUACAUGUCGUAAUCUCACUGAACUGACAAUCAACGCUACUCGUUUGAAGCAUUUGUCCGUGACCAACUGUUUAAAAAUUAAGGAGAUUGAUAUGAUUCAAGCCCAAAAUCUUGUUUAUCUUCAGCUUAGAUGUGUAUCGAUAACAAGUCUUCAUUUGAAGAAGUUUAUAGAACGUUGCCCAUUACUCGAAGAAUUAACUUUGAAUAAAUGUCCUCAACUCACAUAUCUGAGAAUUGGCAAUUCAACGAAGAACUGUACUCUUUUGAAGCACUUGUCCUUGACCAAAUGUUCUAACCUUGUGGAGAUUGAUGUGAAACGUGCCCAAAAUCUCAUUUCUCUUAAGCUUAAACGUGUAUUGAUAACCGAUCUUCAAUUGACUAACAUUAUAGAAACUUCCCCGUUACUCGAAGAGUUAACUUUGCUUUCCUGUUAUCUACUCACGUAUCUGAGAAUUCUCGAAUCAGACAACAGCCGUCUGAAGAGUUUACACUUGGAUAGAUGUUCCAAUCUUAAGGAGAUUGAUCUUUGUGCCAACCUUCUCCAUACACUUGAAUACAAUGGAAUUUUACAGUGGUUCUCAUUUAAGAAAUGCCCGAGACUGAUUAAUGUUUUUAUUGGCGAAGAUAUACAUCUCUUUGCGGGUGAGCUUCUAAUUACUAGAAUUGCUCGUGAUAUUCCUUCGAUUGAGAAUCUAAUUUUUGGGCCGUAUUAUAGUUUAAAAUUUUUCUAUACAAAUGAUCCCGAGCCUGUAUUCUCUAUGAGGCGAUUGGUUUUAAAUAUUAUAAUGCGCAAUAAGAAAGAGGAACUUAUAUGGGUCAAUUCUAUCUUGAACGAUUUCCCCUUAUUGGAAACAUUGGAGUUAAAUCUCGGGAUCAAAUCCAGGAAGCAAGUGAAAGAGAAGGAAACCUUUGAAAAAUGUCCUAAUAGAUGCAUAACCAAGCUUGAGGUGAAUGGGUUCGAAGGAAACAAGCACCAAGUUGAUCUGCUUGAGUUUCUAUUAGAGAAUCUAACCGGGCUUAGAGUAUUGGCCAUUGGUCCAUGCCGUAAGACAUACAUAAGCUUCAAUAGUUGGGUUUAUGGAAAAGCACAUGAUAAGGGGAAAAAAUGGUUUGAAGACAGAUCCGAGUGGCUUCGCACAAUAAUUUCUCCACUUGUUCAUCUAGAGUUUCUAAGGAUAGAACCGUAA